CUCCCCCCCGCUCCGCUCCCUACUCCGCUCCGCUCCUACUCCGGCUCCGCUCCUACUCCGCUCCUACUCCGCCCCGCUCCUACUCCCGCCCCGCUCCCUGCUCCGCCCCGCUCUACUCCGCCCCGCUCCCUACUCCGCCUUGCUCUGCUCCACUCCCCAUAACGUGCCGCGCCGCUCCUACUCCGUCCCGCUCGGCUCCCUACUCCGUCCAGCUCUGCUCCCUACUCCGUCCCGGCUCUGCCCUCGUCCGCUCUGCUCCACUCCGUCCACGCUCUGCUCCUCAAGUCGCUCUGCUCCGUCCGGCUCUGCUCCACUCCUACUCCGUCCCCGCUCUACUUCCUCCGUCCGCUCCCUACCCCGCCCGCUCUGCUCCACUCCCCAUAACUCGCUCUGCUCCCCUACUCCAUCCCGCUCUGCUCCUACUCCCGUCCCGCUCUGCUCCACUCCCCACGUCCGCGCACUCCCACUCCGCCCACAUCUGCUCCACACCCUACUCCGUCCGCUCUGUCACUCCCCAUAACGUCCCGGCAUGCUUUCCUACUCCGUCCCGUGCCCGCUCCUACUCCGUCCCGCUCUGCUCCACUCCCCAUAACGUCCCGCCGCUCCCUACUCCACGUCCCGCUCCGCUCCCUACUCCGUCCCGCUCCGCUCCCUACCUCCGUCCCGCUCAAACUCCCCCCGCUCCGUCCCGCUCCCCCCGCUCCGCUCCUAUUCACGCUCCGCUCCCACUCCGCUCCUACUCCGCCCCGCUCCCUACUCCGCCGGCUCCCUACUCCGCCCCGCUCCUCUCAACCCCGCUCCUACUCCGCCCCACUCUGCUCCUCCCCAUAACGUGCCGCGCCGCUCCCCUACUCCGUCCCGCUACGCUCCCUACUCCGUCCAGCUCUGCUCCCUACUCCGUCCGCUCUGCUCCCUACUCGUCCCGCUCUUUCUCCCUCCGUCCCGCUCUGCUCCCUCCGUCCCGCUCUGCUCCUCCGUCCCGCUCUGCUCCCGUCCGGCUCUGCUCCCUCCCUACUCCGUCCCAUCUCUCGCCUCGUCGCUCCCUACCCACCCCCGCUCUGUCUCCCACUCCCCAUGCGUGCACUCUGCUCCCUACUCCGUCCCCGCUCUGCUCCUACUCCGUCCCGCUCUUCUCCCUACUCCGUCCCCGCUCUGCUCCUCUCCGUCCCGCUCUGCUCCCCUACUCAUCCCGACUCUGCUCCACUCCCCUGCGUCCCGCGCCGCUCCACUCCGCCCCGCUCUGCUCCACACCCUACUCCGUCCCGCUCUGCUCCACUCCCCAUAACGUCCCGCGCCGCUUCCUACUCCGUCCCGCGCCGCUCCCUACUCCGUCCCGCUCUGCUCCACUCCCCAUAACGUCCCGCGCCGCUCCCUACUCCGUCCCGCGCCGCUCCCUACUCCGUCCCGCGCCGCUCCCUACUCCGUCCCGCUCCGCUCCCUACUCCGUCCCGCGCCGCUCCCUACUCCGUCCCGCGCCGCUCCCUACUCCGUCCCGCUCCGCUCCCCGUAGCGUGCCGCGCCGCUCCCUACUCCGUCCCGCUCCGCUCCCCGUAACGUCCCGCGCCGCUCCCUACUCCGUCCCGCGCCGCUCCCUACUCCGUCCCGCGCCGCUCCCUACUCCGCGCCGCUCCCUACUCCGUCCCGCGCCGCUCCCUACUCAAUCCGCGCCGCUCCCUACUCCGUCCGCCGCUCCUACUCCGUGCCGCGCUCCCUACUCCGUCCCGCUCCGCUCCCCCGUGCCGCGCCGCUCCCUACUCAGUCCCGCUCCGCUCCUGCUCCGCUCCUACUCCGCUCCAGCUCCCUACUCGCUCCGCUCCCUACUCCGCUCCCGCUCCCUACUCCGCCCCGCUCCCUACUCCGCCCCGCUCCCUACUCCGCCCCGCUCCCCGUAA